CAAGUCCGCACAGCCCACGUCAAUGAUACGCUUGAUUCCUCCUCUUCCUCCUACACGGCCAAUCCGAAAGCGAGCGCAUUCGGUGCGGGCGAUCUGUCCUUCAGAUUUUCACGGCGAGUCAAUUCGCUUGGUCCCAUGAAUGUAUCGAUCAUAGAAGCUUAGUCGGGGAGGGGUUUACAUAAACUCCACGUACACGUAGUGUGCUUCUGCCUAUAUCAGCUUGUCGCCCUCUCAGGUGGCUCGGCCAUAAGUAGGCGCGUUCCUUCCCACCACCUUCAGUCGCGGCUGUUCCUAGGACAGGCCAGCAGUCCCCGCUGGCUUCCCAGAGAGCAAAAGAACAACACGAACAGGCCCAAAAGCAACGCGGAAUGCCUCCAUUCUUUCCCCUCGGCUACAAGGAUGCGAUCCACCAAUGGUGGACGAGCGUCACGCCGACGGUUGCGGAGAGGAACGUGAUCUCUUGCAUACCUUAUCUCCGAGAAGCCAUUGCCAACAGUACAGUUCCUCUAGACAAUGUGCCCUCAGCAGACCACCCGCGCGCCAUCGAAACGUCGACCAAGAUAGACCCUUUUGGUCCCAGGGUUUGGCGGUCAACCAUGGUUGAGCUAUCCGGCAAGAACAGAGCUCUAAACGAGUUCUCGGUUGAGCGCGUCGGCGAGCCGGUUGACGAUACGUUGGUCAUGCUUCAUGGUUACGGAGCUGGCCUGGGGUUUUUCUACAAGAACUUCGAGAGCAUAACCCGCUCAAAAGGAUGGAAGCUAUACGCUCUCGAUAUGCUCGGAAUGGGUAACUCGACACGGCCACCGUUCAAGAUUCACGCAAAAGACCAAGUUGGAAAGGUCAAAGAAGCCGAAGACUGGUUCAUCGAUGCACUGGAGGAAUGGCGAAAACUGCGCAAGCUGGAGAAAUUCACUCUACUCGGCCAUUCACUGGGGGGCUACCUGGCCGUAUCGUACGCUCUCAAGUAUCCUGGGCACCUAAAUAAGCUUAUCCUGGCCUCGCCUGUGGGCAUUCCCGAAGAUCCCUACGCUGUCAAUGCCGACAUGCCUGAGCCGGAAGAAUCGACUUUCCAGGAUGAGUUCACCCGAGACCAACGAGCAAUCACCAAGGGAUCUGACCGCAACAACAUGGACGUUCAGAACAAGGUCAACCAGGCCGGUGUGAAUCCGCCGCAGAAGCGCCCAUACCCUGGCUGGCUCGUUUGGUUAUGGGAUGCCAAUAUCUCACCCUUCAGUAUCGUUCGCUUGACAGGUCCUCUGGGUCCAAGAUUUGUAUCGGGCUGGACUUCACGCAGAUUCAAUCAUCUCCCUACCGUGGAAGCUCAGACACUGCAUGAUUAUGCCUACUCGCUUUUCCGGCAACGAGGCAGUGGUGAAUAUGCACUCCCAUACAUUCUUGCACCAGGCGCACAUGCGCGUAGGCCAGUGAUCAACAGGAUACAAGGCGUCGGCCGGCAGGUGGUACAACCGGCAACUGAGACUUCACCCGCGAUGAAAGAGACUGGCUUCCCAGUUGUGUUCAUGUAUGGCGAGAAUGAUUGGAUGGAUGUGGCGGGGGGGCUUGCUUCUGAGGAGAAAUUGAAGCAAGCAAAGGUGAAGGCAUUGUUGAAUUCUACCGAUGAGGAGAAGCGGAAUGAGAAUGGUGCUGCGAGGGUCAUCAUCAUCAAGAAAGCAGGUCAUCACCUUUACCUCGACAAUCCUGACGAGUUCAAUAGCGUCAUGAAAGAUGAGUUGGAGGAGACGAGGAGACAUACGCUUCGGGAUAGGGCGAAGGCAUGAGAUAAUAUGUAUUUGGUUGGGUCACGAGUAACUCGGGUGUGCAUGCAUUACGACGGCGUUCCGGACAUGGAUUAGAGGCAGAUAGGAUCAUGGGCUCAGCAGUAGGGAGUGUAGAUUAUAGAGGACGGACAGAAGAGAAACCGCGCCUGAGUAUGGCUUGGGUCCUCCCGCUCAUGACUUGUGGCAUCACAAUGCAGAUUAUAUAGAGUGGGCUGGCUUGUAGUAAUAAGAUAUAAUUAGUGGUUGUCAAGACUGUCAUUAAGAAGCUGCCGACAUACGGUCUUCUGAGUUCAGCAUGUAUGUUUUUUGGUGCACUAGAUCGAUGAUG